GGAAAAGCCACAAUAUUUUCAAAAAUCAAAAACCUCUUUUUCUCUCUCUCUCUCUCUCUCCACUCUCACUCUUACUCAAUACUUCUUACCCCACUUCAAAAAUAAAAAAUUCACAUCUUCUUCUUCAAACUUCUGUAAACAAAAACUGAUCCACAAACAAAAGCACAAAAGAAAACCAAAGAAUGUUUGAGGCACAGCGUUUGAUGGAUUUGCAAGACAAGCCGAAUUUCGGAGACCCAAAGUCAUGGCUUUCAGGUGACAACGACAACAACAACAUCAACAUCAACUCGUCCCCGACUCACCUCCCCACAACUCACUCCUCACUCGCUCCAACUCCAACUGGCAGCAAUGUCGAUCGCGUCCUCUUCAAAGACCUCGUCGAGAUUGUCCCUCUCGUCCAGUCCCUCAUUGAUCGGAAAGCUAGCAGUUCGUUUACGCGGCGGGGUUCAAUGAUCUACACAAAGACACCUUCAAGAGAGUCUUUAUCCAAGAAAAUAACUGAACCAAAAGGGAGGAAUGCAACUCAAUCCAUUCCCACAAAAAAGAGAAGGGAUCCAGGAGACAAGGACCACAGUAAGAAUGCUAGCAAUAACUUUGAUGCCGAAAGCUUUUCAUCCUUUUCCUCAAGGGCAUCAGCUGCAGAAAAGGACAGAGAAGAGUUGGUUAUGUUAAAGGAACAAGUGGAGGAUCUGCAAAAGAAAAUAUCAGAGAAAGACGAACUUCUGAAAUCUGCGGAGAUUUCAAAGAAUCAGAUGAAUGCUGUCCAAGUAAAACUUGAUGAACUGAAACAGCAGGCUGAGGAAAAGGACUCUUUAAUAAAGUCCACUCAGCGAAAACUAUCUGAUGCUAAGAUUAAGCUUGCAGACAAGCAAGCUGCACUUGAAAAGAUACAGUGGGAAGCAAUGACAUCCAACAGAGAAGUGGAAAAGCUCCAGGAAGAUCUUGACUCUCUGCGAGGAGAAAUUUCAUCAUUUAUGCUGUUGUUUGAAAGCUUGACAAAGAAUGAUUCUGCUACUCAUACUGCUGAUUAUGACAUAACACCAAAUUAUUUGGAUUCUCUCUCUCAUGUUGAUAAUCUGGAUGAGAUGGAGAUUCAGAGAAUGGAAGAAGCAAGACAAGCUUAUAUUGCAGCUGUUGCUGCUGCAAAGGAGAAGCAAGAUGAAGAAUCUAUUACUGCUGCAGCCAAUGCAAGGUUAUUUCUUCAAUCAUUAGUAAUUAGUUCUGAAAGAAAAUGUUAAGCCAGGGAUUUCUUGGGCUCUUUUGAAGUAUUUUUACACUAGUUCUUUAGGUAUUGAUAGGCUUCUCAGUGUGAAUCAUUGCUCUAAUGCUCUCAGCAGAAAAGAAAAGAAAAGGAAUCUUAUUGCUUUCUCCCCCCUCCCUUUGUUUUUCUCUACUUGUGUUGCUGGGCUGUUGAUAAUUAUAUCUUGAUGAUGUAAGUAUGAAACUUUUAUUGUAUUUUUUCAAAUAUCUUUUCUAUUCUUAAAUGUUUAUGUGAACUGAUAGAUGGAAUAUGUGCAUCUGAGGUCCAGAUCAUUUCUGUUAUUUAGAUUGUUUGAAGGAGAAAACAGCUUGACAGUUGUAUUAUGCGCUUUGACUUGGCCAGCA